CGUUGACGUCUAAUUUUGUCAUUUAUGAAGAGCUUUUCAGACUGCGCGAAGAUUGUACCUUCUCUGCACAUGUUGAAAAAUGUACACGUUUGUUCAGCGCUUCAGUGUAUUCCCUGAAUUCGCCUACUGGCGAUGGAAGAUAGACAGUACAUAUCGGUCAGAUAUGUCCAUGAACAAGAAUCAGGCCUUCCAAGAAUAUAUCGUUUUAGCCGUUGUUAUACAGGGUAUAAAAAUUAUCGAUAUUUUGUCAUAGUAUGGUAUCUCAACUAGUUAUAAUAAUAAUAACGCCUUUACCUUUAUUGUACUAUGCACAAAGGGCCUAAAGCCAUUCAUACCUUAUUCUGGUCUUAAGAACUAACCAAACCUAAUUUUAAAACGACUGAUGCUAAAAGUUAAAAUAAAGCUAUGUGAAAUACAUACCUUUUA